GGAUACUUCCUCACAUCUCUCUAUCUACUCGAGUACAUCUGUCUACAUACCGAGUAGCUCGCUGUUCCCUAAUGGAUGGAUAAGCGACGAGCAAUGUGCACUCUCCAACCCAAAGCCAAAGUCUAGCCCAAGCCCAACCAGUUCAUUUCUCAUCAGCCCCUCCAAGCUGGUCACCUACCUAACUACCCAACUACCUACCUAGUCCGCCUUAUCAUAUGCAGGUUCCCACUGUGAACAUCAUAAUACACCACCACCACGAAACUCUCAACUGGUUUUCUACUCGAGUACCCUCUGCUCAUAGACUACUCAUAGACUACUCACAGAGAGUAACAAUAGCAACAAGAUCGACAAUUCUCGACAAUCCAUUCACUCAUUCGCUCAUUCACAUUUCGAUCUCUAGCUUCGAACUUCCGCCCUGGAGCGUUCGCAAAGCUACCCGUGGACCCUGUUGUUUCUUCCAAAUAUAUCUCGAUUCAAUUUAGCCUUUCCACAUCGCACAAGAACGGGUAUACAUACAUACAUACAUACAUACAUACAUACACACACACACACGCACACAUACAUAAAUACAUCCCAUCGACCGCGAUACCUACCCUGCCUACCUACAUAACUUCACAACAUGACAACCACCGGAAUAGCAAGUAAACGUCUGGGAAAGGAACUCAACAAGAUCCACCAAAGUCUCCCACCAGGAAUCACUCUUGUAUCCGCCGAAGAUUUCAAAGAAUGGCUAGUCGACAUUUGCGUAUUAGAUUCGAAUCCUCUUUACCAAGGAGAAACCUACCGGAUAAAAUUAGUUUUUACACCUAAUUAUCCUAUCGAACCCCCCGAAGUAACCUUCCUCCCGCUCUCCACCCCACCGCGCCCCAUCCCCAUGCACCCGCACAUCUAUUCCAACGGCAUAAUCUGCCUCGAUCUGCUCGGCACCCAAGGCUGGUCGCCCGUCCAAAACGUCGAGUCGAUCUGCAUGUCCCUACAAUCCAUGUUGACAGGAAACACAAAGAACGAGCGCCCCGAGGGCGACUAUGAGUUUGUGAAGUACAAUCGCAAGAGACCGAGGGAUAUUGAUUUUUACUAUCAUGAUGAUGGGGUUUGAGGAUCUUCAAGGGGAGGCGAGAAAACUGCGGAUCACAUGGGGGGAUCGAGAGAGGAAAAAUGGGAGAGGGAGGAGGAGUAUUUCUCGAGUGCAAGGCAAGGCAAGGCAGGAGAAACAAAUGCAUGGACGAAUUCUAGAACAUGAAAAAUGAAGCAAUACAUGAACGGAUCAAGAGUGCAUAACUGCAAAGGUUGGGAAAGGAAUAUUUUGGUCUCUGGCAUUACAGCAAGGCGUUUGAGCGACUGGGGUUUUCUUUUUCUUUUGGGCACACCAUUCCAUAUUCAUUACAGAUUUACGAGUUUCAUGAAUAGAAUAUUCGAAAGCGAUUAUAUUAUCA